AUGGUACGGUCCUCCGCCCGCGCCCGGCCCGCAGCGAGCGAGCGAGCUCCAGACCCGCGCAGCCUCAGCCGUCGUCCGCGGAGCCCGGAGGCGGCGAUGGAGGGAGUCAGCAGCCAUCGGACCCUGUCCUACAGCCGCUGGAGCUACGACAGUGUCUUAGAUGAUGAGGGCAGCAACCUGAGGCAGCAGAAGCUUGACCGGCAGCGGGCCCUGCUGGAGCAGAAGCAGAAGAAGAAGCGCCAGGAGCCGCUGAUGGUGCAGGCCAACGCCGAUGGGCGGCCCCGGAGCCGGCGGGCCCGGCAGUCAGAGGAGCAGGCCCCCCUGGUGGAGUCCUACCUCAGCAGCAGUGGCAGCACCAGCUACCAAGUUCAAGAGGCUGACUCACUUGCUAGUGUGCAGCUGGGAGCCACCCGCUCAACAGCACCAGCCUCAGCCAAGAGAACCAAGGCAGCAGCCGCCGCGCAGGGCGGGGCCUCGAGGAAGGAGAAGAAGGGGAAGCACAAAGGCGUCUCCAGUAGCAUGAGCUUUGAGGAGGAGGAGGACGACGAGGACGAGAACAGCUCCAGCUCCUCCCAGCUAAACAGCAACACCCGCCCCAGCUCCGCUACUAGCAAGAAGUCCAUCAGGGAGGCAGCCUCAGCCCCCAGCCCGACAGCCCCAGAGCCUUCGGUGGAAGUUGAGGUCGAGGAUCUUGAGGAGUUUGCGCUGAGGCCAGCCCCCCAGGGUAUCACCAUCAAGUGCCGCAUCACGCGGGACAAGAAGGGGAUGGACCGAGGGAUGUACCCCACCUACUUCCUGCACCUGGACCGAGAGGAUGGGAAGAAGGUGUUCCUCCUGGCGGGAAGGAAGAGAAAGAAGAGUAAAACUUCCAAUUACCUCAUCUCCGUGGACCCAACAGACUUGUCUCGAGGAGGGGACAGCUACGUGGGGAAACUACGGUCCAACCUCAUGGGCACUAAGUUCACCGUUUAUGACAAUGGAGUCAACCCUCAGAAGGCAUCUUCUACCUUGGAAAGUGGAACCUUGCGCCAGGAGCUGGCAGCUGUGUGUUACGAGACAAACGUCUUAGGUUUUAAGGGGCCGCGGAAGAUGAGUGUGAUUGUCCCUGGCAUGAACAUGGUUCACGAGAGAGUCUGUAUUCGGCCCCGCAACGAGCAUGAGACGCUGCUAGCGCGCUGGCAGAAUAAGCACACGGAGACCAUCAUUGAGCUACAAAACAAGACGCCUGUCUGGAACGACGACACACAGUCUUACGUACUCAACUUCCACGGGCGCGUCACACAGGCCUCUGUAAAGAACUUCCAGAUCAUCCAUGGCAAUGACCCGGACUACAUCGUGAUGCAGUUUGGCCGUGUGGCAGAGGACGUGUUCACCAUGGAUUACAACUACCCGCUGUGUGCGCUGCAGGCCUUUGCCAUUGCCCUGUCCAGCUUCGACAGCAAGCUGGCCUGUGAAUAGAGGCCUCCUCGUGCCAUUGAGGUUGCCCAGCCUGGAGUGGAGCUGCCUGCCUGCAGAGACAGCCCUGCCUACCCCCUGUACAUAGGCCUCCUGCCAGUCGAACCUUUGGCUCUCAGCAGGCUCCCUGGCUGGGCCAGCCAGGAACUGGCUGCCUCUACGGAGACAGAGGAGUGGGGUGUGUGUAAAGGGACCAGAGUGAAUUCUGUGCACUGCGAGGCACACACCCCCCUUCUUGGGUUAGCAACCUGCUGCAGUCACGUUUGCCAAGCCAGGCAGCCUCGUCAGCUGGGAAGGCAGGCAGAGGUGAGGGAGAGGAAGCACAACGCCAGGCUCCCAUGACCCAGCCAGCCACUCGGCCCGGAGUCAGAUGGCAGUGGAUCCCCGACAGUGAGGGGCACACCACCUUCACAAAGCAAAGGGCUUGGUGGCUGAGCCUGGCCCUUAACUGCGGCAAGUCCUGACUUCAGGAGGCCUCAGCCGGGCCUGGGCAAGGUUACUGGGGAUGGGGAAGGGUGAGUGGCAGGACCUUCGAAGAUUGCAGGGGUCUGGUGGUGGGAAUUGGCUGGUGGCUUAGGGUUGUAGCU